AUGGAUGAGUUUAGAAAGGGGUUCGGUAGUUGUCCAGAAAUAAGAGAAUCGCCACAGGGGGAUGACAUGAACAAUGAAUCCUUAACGGACGAGUUAGAGAAGAAACUGGGCCUGAAACCGAGUAACACUAGUUUCGACCUAGAGUUGACCCAAAAGGAGGGAGAAGAGCCCACAGUAGCCUACUAUCCGGAACUAUAUGACUCAAGCGUAUCGGAUUGUGAUUCCCAGGACCAUGUAACAGUGGUUUUCAAUUGGAACCAUGGAGGGGACGAGGUGUACCUAGUUGAACACAACGAGAAGGAGCAGAGAAGAAUCAGGAUGAUCAAGAGUAAAAAUUGCUUCAGCACGAUUCAGGAGCUGCCGAAGAAGCUGUUCAAAUACAGAUUUCUAGUGGAUAACGUGCUUCAAUAUUCACCUGAGGACCCAUGCGUGAAGACGGAAGAUGGGUUUGUAAACUAUAUAGAUAUCGGAAAGUUUAAACCGACAGAUUACUCGAUGCCAAGGCAGCGACAAGAGUUAAACAUUGGAACAUAUGGGCACGAGUUGCCGGGGCCAAACUACUCUACAAUGGAACCUCCUAUCUACCCGGACAUACUUAACUACAGGUCACCUGACUUUGAUAACUUUAACAGAGUGGCGAGCGAGAUUCACAUACUCGCAAACCAUAUCUACGAAGAUACGCAAGCAAGAUCGUUUCUAGGGCCGAGCUACAAGAGUUACAUGUGUCUCCACAGAUUGCCAAACGAGUUAUCCAAUGUACAAUUCCAACCAAGGUCAGUCUCGUUCAUAUACGUCACGCCUAACGAGCAUAAUCCCUACAAUGGUAGCAAAAGAAUAUAA